AUGAAUUCGGGUAAUGCAAUGCAUCCAACCGCCUACUUCUAUCCAACCACCUAUCCCAUGUUCCCGUCUGAUGUGACCGGCGGAUCCUUGCCCAGUACCGAUUGUGCAAUGCGUUCAUCCAUGCUUCUCCCACCCACACACUCAAUACCGGGAUCACAUGAUUCGGAACAUUUCACCCCAAUGAUAACCAACGAUUUGACCGGCACAGUUCGUAUGGAUUAUCCGGAUGCUUACAGUCUUCUCACACGAGAUCGUAUUGGACUGUCGAGUGGAAACAUGACCGGGGCACGUCCCGAUGGAGCCAAGCCCUAUCCAUAUGGAUCCGCAUAUUCUGUCUAUCAGGGAAACGCCGCGACUUCCCCAUGUCUUUCAGAUCCUUCCUUAUCGGGAAGUUAUGGUCAUUUGGUUGGCAGCGCUGGCGCAAUGGACCCCACAUCGGACGAGUUUCACCUGAAUCGGCGUCCUUCGACCCGGGUCCACGGCACAAAUGAUGCACAACACAUGUUUUAUGCCAUGUUCCACGAACGGAAAUCCGGUCUGUUAUCCGAGUUGAAUCCGUCGAACGCAUUGACGGAUCCGAAACACAGCCUGCAUUCGCAACGUCAUGCGCAAUUACCUUCCCAUACACCCCCAUCCCCACCACCACCACCACCGUUAUCAUCGUCGCAACAACCGACAACCGCACACACUCUUUCUUCCACAACCGCGCCCACCUCUCCGAGGAUGAAAGAGAAAUCGAAAAAUGCGGCCCGAACGAGACGGGAGAANUACGGAAUUCUACGAAUUAGCGAAGCUACUUCCACUGCCCAGUGCAAUCACAUCCCAAUUGGACAAGGCCUCGAUCAUCCGAUUGACUACAAGCUAUUUAAAAAUACGAUCGAUUUUUCCCGAUGGUAA